GCGCUCGCUCCAUUCAGAUUGAAUUCAAACUGCGAUACAGUAAAGCUGUACAGUAAAGUGAACCAAGUGAUCCCAAGCAAUCCAAAGCGACUCCAGUGAGAAAAUGGCUCUGCUAUCGUUCGUCACAGACCCGCUGGACUACUUCCGUCCGUCUCUCCUCCUGGACCAGCACUUCGGGAUGGGCCUCGACGACGACGACUUCCUCCAACCCUGCCUCCCCCGCAAGGUGCGUCGCAUGAUGCUCACCUCGCCCUACGCGCGUCCCUGGCGCUCGCAGGCCUCCAAAAAGGACAAAGGGUCCACCUUGUCGGUGGAUAAGGACAAGUUCCAGGUCAGUCUCGACGUGCAGCAAUUCACGCCUGAAGAAAUCACGGUGAAGGCGUCCGAUGACACUAUCACCAUCGAGGGUAAACACGAGGAGAAGGAGGACGAGCAUGGGUUCAUCUCGAGGCACUUUAUCCGGAAGUAUAAGCUGCCAGAAGGGCAUGAUAUCAGUCAAGUGACGUCGAAAUUGUCGACGGAUGGGGUGCUGACCAUCACCGCACCCAAGAGUGAGGAAAAAAUCAAAGAACGGAACAUUCCUAUUUCUUUCACGGGACAGCCGUCGCAAAUUGAAGCCACGCCGACGAUUGAAGUUGGGGCCGAUGACAAGAAACCCGAGGAAAAGAAGGAGGCAAGGAAGAGGAAAUAAUCAGUUUAUGUAAUUUAUUUAGUUAAUUGUAGUAUAAAAUCAGUAUUAUUUCUGACUGAAUGUAAUGUUUUUUUUGUACUUUUUUUCCUAAUAAAGUGUUCAUUAUAAUAA